AUGAGUGACAAGCGUGUGCUGAUGGACGCGUCUGGGCAGUCCGUGGUGGGUAUGGCCAAGAAGCUGCUCAGCAUGAAGCCGACGUGGAUCAUGUACCGGGGCGCGUCGUUCGCUCAGGGGACCCAGGUGGCUGUGGUCAAGGCCCACCACAGUUUGACGCCAUCCGUGAGUGUGUACCUGAACGAUGGAGACAAGGAGUCGGACUUUAAGAUCCGCGGCAACUUCAGGUCUAAGAGGUUUGCCAUCACCCAGAAGCUGGGGUCUGGCGGCCAGGAGCGGCCCAUAGCAGAGGUGAAGAAGGAGUCCAAGUUUUCCUCGGUCACGGCGUUCCUGACGUCGGCGAUGACCGCGGCGGACAACUACUUCAUACACAUAGAGCCUGGCGUUGACGCGGCGUUCAUUGUGGCCAUCGCUGUCCUGGUGGACGAGCUGUUCCACGACGAAAAGACCACGUGA